AUGGUAGCCCAAGCAGAAGAAGCUGUGCGAGAAGCAGAAGUGGAAGACAUUCAUCAAGACAUACAUCUCGUAGAACCGCAGUGGGAAAACACCAUUCCCGAUGACCUCGUUGAUCAUCCUUUGUUGCUGGCCAUGCAAGAGUCGCACAGUCCGUUUUUGAUAACCGAUCCCCGUCUACCUGGAAAUCCCAUCAUUUACAUUAACAAUGGCUUUCUAGACAUGACUGGUUACUCUCAAACCCGAGUGUUGGGUCGAAAUUGCCGAUUCAUGCAAGGACCUGAAACUGAUCCUGUGGUCGUGGCCAAACUGCGAGAUGCCGUGGACGAUGGGCGCGACAUCACUGUCACAUUGCUGAAUUAUCGAGCAGAUGGGUCUACUUUUUACAAUCACAUUAUCAUUAGCACAGUCAAGGACCCUGAAUCCAAGGAGGUCAAGUAUUUCUUGGGUCUGACAGAGGAAGUUUCGACACCCCAUGGUCAACCAAGAUUGGUUUCAAUGCCCGUUAGUGACCCAGAGGAAAGCGAAAGCUAG